CUUCAAUCUGCAACAUUUGUUAGCAUGACAUAUAACGAAACAGAACAAAAAGCGUCUAAAUAUUACUCUACUGGAUACAUCAGCGAAAAAGUCGACAGAAUAAUUUCAUAAGAACUUCUGAAUCACACCGUUGUUGCCGUCAAAAAUUAGCCGUAGUGAAAAAUUGUCUGUUCAGUAUCUUCGAUAAGGUAAUAAAUUCAAUACGUGACGAAUUGGAAAAUUGGAUGUGCUCAAUGUUUAUUUUAGUAGCUGCAAGAAUCCACGCGAUCGUUAGGACAUCUUGGAUCUAGGCAAAGUGGGCAUUUCGAGGCACCCGAAGAACUUGGAGAAUUCCUUUGGUGUCUAAGUAAAGGACUUUACUUCUCUUUCUUGUUGCAUUCACGAUAGUCUAUAAAGCAUUGUUCGAUUUAAUCUGGGAGUGCAGUAACCCAUCGACCGUCAUUUGGAUGAUUCAAAUACAAAAUAACAAGUGAAUAAACGGUGGAGCGAUGAACGCGAUAAAGAAGAGAUUGCAGACGUUAAAGGUUGAGAAGGAUUUGGCGAUGGACAAAGCGGACACCUGCGACCAAAAGGCUAAAGAAGCUAACAGAAAAGAAGAAAUGCUUCGGGACGAAGUAAAAGAUCUUGCCAAAAAAUUACAACAAAUGGAGCAUGACUACGAGGUGACGACGGCUCAACUAGCAAAAUCGAACACGGAUCUCGAAGCUACGGAAAAGGCAUUCACCCUGGCUCAAUCGGAGUUGGCGAUACUAAAUCGAAAGAUGCAGCAGCGCAUGGUGGAUUUGGAAAAAACGGAAGAACGAAGAUUGAUCGCUCAGGCAAAAUUGACAAAGGCAACGGAAACAGCGGACGAUGCCAAUCGGAUCUGCCAGGUACUGAAAAAUCGGAAUAAGCUCGAUGAAGAACGAAUGGAUCAGCUGACAACUCAACUCAAAGAAGCUAGAGCGAUUGCUGAGGACGCCGAUGCUAAAUCAGAGGAAAUUGCUAGAAAAUUAGCCUUCGUAGAGGACGAACUCGAGGCUGCUGAGGAGAGAGUCAAGUCCAGUGAAGCUAAAAUCGUGGAACGGGAAGACGAACUUUUCAUCGUAGGGAAUAUUCUAAAAUCUUUGGAGGUGUCCGAAGAGAAGGCAAAUCAAAGAAUUGAAGAAUUCAAAGGCCAGCUUAAAGCUCUGAAGGUAAAACUGAAAGAGGCGGAGAAACGAGCGAUACAUGCUGAAAAAACAGUCAAAGUCUUUUUGAAGGAGAUGGAUAUGCGCGAAGACGACAUUCGCAAGGAGAAAGAUAAAUGUAAGUUUAUCUGCGAUGAUAUGGACGCCACUUUUGCCGAACUCACAGGCUUUUGAAAAAUGAGAAAGUCACUUUCUAAGCCCGCACUAUAUACCAUGUCGUGUUUCUUCUUAUUUUUUUACUGCUUCCUUUUCCAAAAUCAAUAAUUACUCAAAUUAUAUGACACCCAAAAUCCCCUUAUUCAAAUGCAAUUGCUAUAUAAUUUUACGUGAACAUGUAUCGAAUAAAAAGGAUAUAAACGAGUUGAACGUCAACUUUUUUCCGAAGAUGAUAUGCAAUAAAAAAAAUGUCUUCUCGUUUUUAUUCAACGUACCGAAAAUAAUCAACUGGAGUAAGAAAACCCCUUUGGGUUGGUAUUUGAGCGGGUUAUU